AUGACUAGAGAAGAGAUUGUUCAAUUCUUCAAUUGGUCCUCGUAUGUUAGUGUUCUGACGAUAGUGGCAUUUUCCAUGGAGAGGUAUUUGGCAAUAUGUCAUCCUCUGCACUCAUAUACCAUGUCUGGUUUGAAGAGAGCUACCAGGAUCAUAGCUGUUUUAUGGAUCACAUCUUUGAUCAGCGCCAGUCCUUUUGCCAUAUUUACUACUAUCAACUACCUUUACUAUCCACCAAAUACAACAGACAUAGCAACGGAGUCAGCCUUCUGCGCAUUGUUGUACCUACCGGAAGGUCUGCAUCUGUACGAAGCCUCCGGGCUGCUGUUUUUCCUGGCGCCAAUGCUGGUCAUGAUGGUUCUGUACGCGCGAAUGGGGCUACGUAUCAGGCGAGCGAAAAAACACACCCUCGGCAAGGGAGUGCGAGGUUCUGUGCACGGAGAGGCAAGGCAGGCACAGCACCGGAAACCUAUUAUACGGAUGCUAG